AUGCAACCAAUGCAACCCCUAGAGUUCUACUUCAAAAGCAGUGAGUUCGCUCAGACUUGCAAGAUACAAACAAAGUGCUUUGUGACCAAGACAGUAGAGAAUAUCAAGAAGAAGCUUAAGCCUGAGGCUGAAUGGUUCAGAAGCCAUCCUCAAUUUCGACAUUUCUUCCACAUGCCAGAUGAACCAAACCUGAAGCUCCAAGGGAUGUGGAUGCUACUCCUGCGCACGAUUUGUACUCCAGAAGAUGAUGUUGCAUGGUUUGCGGUUAAUGGUGUACCCAUCCGCUAUUCUAUGAGGGAGCAUGCCCUCAUCUCUGGCUUAGAUUGCAGGGAGUAUCCGAGGAACUAUGAGAAGCUCGGGAGUCAUAAGUUUGUGGAUUAUUACUUCCAUGAUGUAACUAAGAUCAACAUCAGUGAUGUGGAGCAGAAGAUGUUGUCUAUGGCGCCGUGUCCAGAUAGAUUGAAGAUGACAGUCUUGUAUUUCCUUGGUCGGGUUAUCAGAGGGAAGCCAAACGAUACAAGACCUUUAGACUCCUUCAUAUCAAGGAUAGUGGAUGAUUUGGAUGCUUGCAUAUCAUUUCCAUGGGGCCGUCUUAUAUUUGAGGAUGCAAUAAAGGAGAUUAAGCAUGUGAUGAACCAUCUGAAGGGUGAAGUGAAUGAGACAUGCGGCUUUCCUGGUUUCAUAAUCCCUUUAGAGGUUCUUGAUUUCGAGUGUAUUCCUGCUCUUGGGAAAAAGUUCAGAAUCACUCCAGAGAACCCUAGUGAAGACUGUCCAAGGAUGUGCAAGAGCCGGUUUAUAAAAACCAGUCUGAGGGGUUAUCCUUUGGAAGACAUAUAUGAUGCGCUUGGAGAAACAAAGGAUAUUAAUAGUGUGCUGGUUCCAACUUUGGGUGAGGAAAUUAUGCUGGCUUGUAUCAUUGAUGAGGAGCGAGACUAUGACCGUCAAGGCAGCCCAAGUGAUACAUGGAACUACUGGUUAAAUGUGAAGCAGAAGACUAUUUGGUGGGAAGAGUUGUAUGAGUUAGAUCAAGCUGCACGAGUGUUUCCAAAAAAGAAAGACAAAGCAGAGGUGGAGUUGGCAGAAGGAUCAUCCUCUCAAACCGGUUUAGAUUCGAUCUUGAAAGGUCUGGAAGGGAGGCUAGUGGAGUUCAUGGGAACAACACUUGCCAGUCUUAACUUUACGGUGGAGGCAAAGCUGGAGUCCAUUGACUCGAGGAUGAGUAAAAUGGAAGAAAGGCUAACUUCUAUUGAGAGUAAGCUAAGUGAAGAGAAGAAUCAUGGUGAAGACAUGGAUUUUCGACAGUGGGAUCAUGGGAAUUAUGGGGAUUAUGGCACAACAGCGAAGGAUAAGGGAGACAAGGAAGAAGCUGGGAAAAGCAGUGAGGGUGAAGAAGAAGCUGAGAAAAGCGAGGGUGAGGGUAAUAAAGACAAGGAAAACAGUGAGGCUGAUGAGGAAGACGGUAGUGAGCAAGAGCGAGUGUUGAACCGAAUGAAGGAUGAUGAACUGUGGAGGAGUUCGAUGGAGGAUCGAGAAGAGGUUGGAUGA